GGACCUGAGCUGCCCCGGCAUGUGGACUGUGGGGCUGUGUGCCCCACCGCUCCCGGCCACCUGCCUCCUUCCCAGCCUGGGCUCCAGGGGAGGGUUGCUUCUUGUGGGGCAGGAGGGCUGCUGACAGAACACUCUUGCAGCUUCUGAGAGCCACUGGAGCUGGCAUUUUGUGACCUUCCCCUGUUGCUGUCCCUGCCUCUCAUCUGUGUGCCCAGGGGGUCUGGGGACCCUGCCUGCCUGGCUCAAGGGCGCUGGGUAGGGAGCCUAGAAUGAGCUUGGCCCCCAGGGGAACUGAGACUAGGAUCCUAGCACAUCCCAGAAGCCUUGGCCACAGGGGUGGGUUUAGUCAGGGCUGGGGUAGGGUGUCCCUGCAGAAUAAGAUGGUUGAAUGCUGUAUUUUUUAAAGAAUAAAAUAUUUUUAAAUCAACACCUGAGUCUGGCCCUGAGGGAUCCACCUCUGACACUGGGAAUCGGGAGGCCCCGUGUAUAUAACUGCAUGCUUUCACCUUCGAAGCGGGUCUGUGAGCCUGUUAGGUGGGGCUCCAGCACUCCUGGCUACAGGUGUAUGGGAAGACGUGUGUCUGUGUGCGUGAGAACACAAGCCUCACACAGGUCCCCUUGUUGACAGGAGCUUGGCCCAAAAGGCAGGCACACCUUCACGGUGAUAUGGAGCAUCUGGGUGUAUUAGUGUCCUGUGGCUGCUGUAACAAAAUACCAUAAGCUUAGUGGCUUAAACCCCCACAUAUUUACUAUCUUAGCACUUCUUGUGAACCUAACAAGGUCAAAGUCUGAUAGGGCUGAAAUCCAGUUGCUGGCAGGACUUGUUCCUUUGGGAGGAGGGCUGGGGGAGCAUCUGUCACCUUGUCUGGCUUGAAAAGGCUGCCUGCAUUCCCUGCUCCCAUCUUCAAACCAGAGAGGUGGUAUCUCCGAUCCUGCUUCCCGGUCACAUGCCUCCUUCGGUAGUCAGAUCCCCUGUGCCUCUGUCUCAAGGAUGCUUGUGAUUAUAUUCACCUCCCCGCUUUCCAGAUACUCUCCCUGCUCAGGAUCCUUCACUUCCUCCCACCUGCAAGGCUCCUUUUAUCCUGUAUAGUAACAUAUUCAUAGAUUCUGGGGAUUAGGAUGUGGAUCUCCUUGGGGCAUUCUUCAGUCUGCCACACUGGGUACAUUCUGCCUGCUGGGCUUCCUGGCCUCUUUGGGGCUGCGGCAUGGAUCUUGGACCUCUGGAUCUUGGUGUCUCCAGUCCACACAUGUGUGUGUGCGUGCAGACCUGUCAGCUCAUUGGCCCUCUCCCUCAUAUUUGCGUUUCUGCCCACAAGGGUCUGGCUCCCUGGUCCCAGGGUCUCUGGGAGGGACUCUUUAGGCUUGGGAUUCAGUGGGAGCCAGAAAUUCAGUCUGUACCUGAGAAGGGGGUGGGAGACCCCUCCUAUGCCAGGUGGGAGGUGUGUAGGGAUGGGGACAUGAGGGGUCAGUGGCUGGGACUCAGCUGCUGAAUGGGCACUGUCCUUUCUUUGGGGAGCACAUCUUGGGCUGGGGCUCAGGGGAGUGUCCCAUCCCUGAGGCCUUUCCCAGCCCCUACUAAAGACCCUAGAAUUACAAAGAGGAGAGUUGGAACCCUAGUCAGGAUCUAGAGAGGGUGGCCUGUCCUCAUCCAUCCCCAAACACUGGUUCCUAGGUGGGUAGGAAGACCGUGCCAUCACUCCCACACUGCUAAAGCCCUGGGCCUGUGUGCCAGCUGGAUGCCUGGCAGCCUGGAACCUACCUUCCAGGAUAGCCACCCAGAGGUGGGCAUGGAAAAGCAAGGGUAGCAGGUAUCUAGCCCAAGCCAAAGCCCUAUUUGUUCAUUCAUUAAUUCAUCCAGCCAUCAUUCAGAGACAUUCUGUGCCUGCCCAGAGCUGAGUGCUGGAGACUCAUGGACUUAGCAAAUCGUGACCACCUUAUGAUGUUCUGGGCACUCUCGGCCCUGGGUAUACAGACAAAAGGACUCUUGCCAUUAAGAAGCAGACAUUCCAGCAGGGGAAUAAGACAAACUACAAGAAACCAUGGAAAAUCAAUGGUGUGAUGUGUUAGCAGGUAAAAACUUAGGACGAAGGAAAGCAGCAGGUAAAAGGGGCUUAGGAGUGCCAGAUCCAGGGUGAGAGGUGUAAAAGAAGGUUGGGGAAGGCCUCCAGAGGGUAAUGUGUGAGCUGAGAUAUAAAGGGGGCAAUGGAAGGGGCCAUGUGAAUAUCUAGGAAAAGAGCUUCCAGGCAGAGCGAAGUAAGUCCAAAGGCCCUGGGGUGGGAAACUGCAUGGGACUAUUCAAGCCAGAGAAAGGAGGCCAGUGUGCGUGGAGACCAGUCGGGGAGGCAAUGGGAGGCCAGAUCCCAUAGGACCUUUUUGGCCAUUAUGUGGACUGUGCCUUUGAUUCCAGAAAGGGCCAAGGAGGAGUCUGAGCAGAGGAAGGACGUAAUGUGACUUAGGGGCUCAAUGUGAAUAGGCUGUGGGGUAGGAGAGCAGAAGCAGGGCAGCCCACGACUUGGUGGUAACUGCACUGGUCUAGGAAGAGAUGAUGGCGGCUCAGGCCAGGCUGGUGAAUGUGGAGAUGGUGGGCGAUGGGCAGAUUCUGAAGGUGGAGCCAACAAGACUUGCUGAGGGGCCCAGGUCACCCUGAGACUUUGGGCCUGUUACGAUCUACUGGGUCAGAGGGAGAAUGUGAAGAUCCACCCAGCUGGCCCAGCUGUGGGGUGGGGUAGGUGCUUGGGCAGGCCCCCAGGCACACUGGGGAUGCAGAUGAGGAGGCCCUGCUCCUGGAGGAAGUGGCUAGCUGUGGUGGAGGCAGGUGCAGCCUGGCUGGGGCCAAUGCUGCUGUGCUCCCGGGUAUGUCAGGCCCUGCGGAGCUCUGGGGACGGGGCCGCAGGGACAGGAAAAGGGCAGAUGUGGGAACCACUGGCCCGAGAGAGCUCCCUUUGGGGCAGGGGCCGAGGGGCUGAGGUGUGAGGGUGAGAGUCUUCUUGGGACAGGGUGCCCUGACAUCGGGUCAGCACGCCCAGCCCACGUCCAGCACUGCCCUCAAUUCCAGUUUCUCAUUGGCCUGACGCUGGGCUCUGGGCCUCCGUCUCUCCCUGAUAACAGGUGUGAGGCCCUCUCCAGCUGGGGCACACUGUUGGGAUAGGGUGGGGGGCAGUGGGGGAGUGGAAAGAGGAAGGAGUGAAGGGGCUGUCUGCGUCUGCCUAUGCAAAUGGCCUCUGACUCACCACACCACCCACCAUCUCUCGCUGUGGGCAGGAUAGGGGCGAGGGAGGGGGCUACUGUGUUAUUUCUAAAUUCUCACUUCCUCUGUUCUCUGAGCCUACACUGUGGGAAGGGUCUGCGAGCUCCAGGCAUUCUUCUCUGCCAUCGCUGCCCAGUCUGCCAUCCAGACCCUCUGGAGAAGCCCCCACUCCCUGUCAUGGCUGCCGCGCUGGCCGUGGCCCUGGCCCAGGGCACCCUGCCUGCCUUUCUGCCCUGUGAGCUCCAGCGCCACGGCCUGGUGAAUUGCGACUGGCUGUUCCUCAAGUCCGUGCCCCACUUCUCGGCGGCAGCGCCCCGUGGUAACGUCACCAGCCUUUCCCUGUACUCCAACCGCAUCCACCACCUCCACGACUCCGACUUUGUCCACCUGUCCAGCCUGCGGCGUCUCAACCUCAAAUGGAACUGCCCACCCGCCAGCCUCAGCCCCAUGCACUUCCCCUGUCACAUGACCAUUGAGCCCCACACCUUCCUGGCCGUGCCCACCCUGGAGGAGCUGAACCUGAGCUACAACAGCAUCACGACAGUACCCGCCCUGCCCAGUUCCCUCGUGUCCCUGUCCUUGAGCCGUACCAACAUCCUGGUGCUGGACCCUGCCAACCUCGCAGGGCUGCACUCCCUGCGCUUUCUGUUCCUGGAUGGCAACUGCUACUAUAAGAACCCCUGCCCGCAGGCCCUGCAGGUGGCCCCGGGCGCCCUCCUUGGCCUGGGCAACCUUACGCACCUGUCACUCAAGUACAACAACCUCACUGCGGUGCCCCGCGGCCUGCCCCCCAGCCUGGAGUACCUGCUAUUGUCCUACAACCACAUCAUCACCCUGGCACCUGAGGACCUGGCCAACCUGACCGCCCUGCGUGUGCUCGAUGUGGGUGGGAACUGCCGUCGCUGUGACCACGCCCGCAACCCCUGUAUGGAGUGCCCCAAGGGCUUCCCGCACCUGCACCCUGACACCUUCAGCCACCUGAACCACCUCGAAGGCCUGGUGUUGAAGGACAGCUCUCUCUACAACCUGAACCCCAGAUGGUUCCAUGCCCUGGGCAACCUCAUGGUGCUGGACCUGAGUGAGAACUUCCUAUAUGACUGCAUCACCAAAACCACAGCCUUCCAGGGCCUGGCCCAGCUGCGCAGACUCAACUUGUCUUUCAAUUACCACAAGAAGGUGUCCUUUGCCCACCUGCAUCUGGCGCCCUCCUUCGGGAGCCUGCUCUCCCUGCAGCAGCUGGACAUGCAUGGCAUCUUCUUCCGCUCGCUCAGCGAGACCACGCUCCGGUCGCUGGUCCACCUGCCCAUGCUCCAGAGUCUGCACCUGCAGAUGAACUUCAUCAAUCAGGCCCAGCUCAGCAUCUUCGGGGCCUUCCCUGGCCUGCGAUACGUGGACCUGUCAGACAACCGCAUAAGUGGAGCCAUGGAGCUGGCGGCUGCCACGGGGGAGGUGGAUGGUGGGGAGAGAGUCCGGCUGCCAUCUGGGGACCUAGCUCUGGGCCCACCGGGCACCCCUAGCUCCGAGGGCUUCAUGCCAGGCUGCAAGACCCUCAACUUCACCUUGGACCUGUCACGGAACAACCUAGUGACAAUCCAGCCAGAGAUGUUUGCCCGGCUCUCGCGCCUCCAGUGCCUGCUCCUGAGCCGCAACAGCAUCUCGCAGGCAGUCAACGGCUCACAAUUUAUGCCGCUGACCAGCCUGCAGGUGCUGGACCUGUCCCAUAACAAGCUGGACCUGUACCAUGGGCGCUCUUUCACGGAGCUGCCGCGGCUGGAGGCCCUGGACCUCAGCUACAACAGCCAGCCCUUCAGCAUGCAGGGCGUGGGUCACAACCUCAGCUUUGUGGCACAGCUGCCGGCCCUGCGCUAUCUCAGCCUGGCGCACAACGACAUCCACAGCCGUGUGUCCCAGCAGCUCUGCAGCGCCUCGCUGCGGGCCUUGGACUUCAGCGGCAAUGCCUUGAGCCGGAUGUGGGCCGAGGGAGACCUGUAUCUCCGCUUCUUCCGAGGCCUGAGGAGCCUGGUCCGGUUGGAUCUGUCCCAGAAUCGCCUGCAUACCCUCUUGCCACGCACCCUGGACAACCUCCCCAAGAGCCUGCGGCUGCUGCGUCUCCGUGACAAUUAUCUGGCUUUCUUCAACUGGAGCAGCCUGGUCCUCCUCCCCAGGCUGGAAGCCCUGGACCUGGCGGGAAACCAGCUGAAGGCCCUGAGCAACGGCAGCUUGCCUAAUGGAACCCAGCUCCAGAGGCUGGACCUCAGCAGCAACAGUAUCAGCUUCGUGGCCUCCAGCUUUUUUGCUCUGGCCACCAGGCUGCGAGAGCUCAACCUCAGUGCCAACGCCCUCAAGACGGUGGAGCCCUCCUGGUUCGGUUCUCUAGCGGGCACCCUGAAAGUCCUAGAUGUGACUGGCAACCCCCUGCACUGCGCCUGCGGGGCGGCCUUCGUGGACUUCUUGCUGGAGGUGCAGGCUGCAGUGCCCGGCCUGCCAGGCCACGUCAAGUGUGGCAGUCCAGGUCAGCUCCAGGGCCGCAGCAUCUUUGCGCAGGAUCUGCGCCUCUGCCUGGAUGAGGCCCUCUCCUGGGACUGUUUUGGCCUCUCGCUGCUGACCGUGGCCCUGGGCCUGGCCGUGCCCAUGCUGCACCACCUCUGUGGCUGGGACCUCUGGUACUGCUUCCACCUGUGCCUGGCCUGGCUGCCCCGGCGGGGGCGGCGGCGGGGCGCGGAUGCCCUGCCCUACGAUGCCUUUGUGGUCUUCGACAAGGCACAGAGCGCGGUGGCCGACUGGGUGUACAACGAGCUGCGGGUACGGCUAGAGGAGCGCCGUGGACGCCGAGCGCUCCGCCUGUGCCUGGAGGAACGUGACUGGCUACCCGGUAAAACGCUCUUUGAGAACCUGUGGGCCUCAGUUUACAGCAGCCGCAAGAUGCUGUUUGUGCUGGCCCACACAGACAGGGUCAGCGGCCUCUUGCGCGCCAGCUUUCUGCUGGCCCAGCAGCGCCUGCUGGAGGACCGCAAGGACGUUGUGGUGCUGGUGAUCCUGCGCCCCGACGCCCACCGCUCCCGCUAUGUGCGGCUGCGCCAGCGCCUCUGCCGCCAGAGCGUCCUCCUCUGGCCCCACCAGCCCAGUGGCCAGCGCAGCUUCUGGGCCCAGCUGGGCACGGCCCUGACCAGGGACAACCAGCACUUCUAUAACCAGAACUUCUGCCGGGGCCCCACGACGGCAGAGUGACCGCCCAGCACCCCAAGCCUCCUACACCUUGCCUGUCUGCCUGGGAUGCCGGGCCUGCUGGCCCUGCAACACCACUGCUCUGCCUCCCCAACUCCCACCCCUGGCAUAUAGCAGAUGCUCAAUAAAUGCUACUAGUAGGCUGAA